GAAAGAGACCCAUUUUUUUAACGCCUUCUGUCUUAUCGAGUCGUAGCGGAUGAAGACUAAAAUAUCGCUCGGACUAGCCUUCCGGGGGGAAGAAGACGAUGCACGAGCAGGCACGCUGGUCUAAAAGCAGCCGCCCAGACUCGUCGGCUACCUCACUUCGGCGAAUCUAUAGAACGUUGCAGUCUUAUUUGGCUCACCGCGAAGCUGCGGACAAGUAAAUUCUUCACAAUACCGCCAAGCGUCGAGAAUUUAGAAGAUGAUUUACUUCCACCGAAUGAAGGCCACAAUGAAAACAUCAGGACUCUGAGAUCGUCUUUCGUCGCUGUUAUCCAGCGCUAGCGCUGCAUUGUUCAAGUCAGCACUCGCGCGUAUCGAGGCAGAGAUUCUCCGAUGUGCUGUAGCAACCAAACGGGGGGUUAUUUCGCAUCAGUGCAGAGUCGUCUAGUAAAUUAACUUAGUUGUUACGUCUUCUGUACGAUCGUGCAGCCGUGUCUGAACUCUACAGUCUCUCCACUGACUCCAGCCACGGGCCAUCGCACGCACGGACUUCGCAGCUUGGUGAUCGCUACAGAGUACAGUACAGCCUACAGGCAGUGCAGUGCAGACUGCAGUUCUGGUCAAACUCACUUACCGGUACAGCACAAUGCACGAAUGUGGCCACCUGCGUUGGUCUUGCAGGCCGUUUGCAUCACCAGUGCUGCUCCUGGUGGCGACUUGUGUGGCGGGCAUUCUCGUAAGGCAAGCCCACAGUGCAGAUGACCCAGUAAAGAACAGUGGCAGCGGCAAUGCACAGCACACUGGCUCUCCUCGGCCCGAUGACCGGGGCGACGACGCUACGUGCAUCAACGGGCUGCCGACUGGACCACCAGAGCCCAAACACCCCGUCGUGAAGAACCUGGUGAAGUAUCUGGCGCGCCCAGUGAACAGCAAGGUAGAGCUGGAAGACUAUCGUAAAGUAGCUACCAAGCAGUGCGAGUGUUACGGCCGCGGCUCGUACAGGGUCCGACCUCCGUUUCUACCCGCCCACGAUGCCCCGCUGGAUAAGGUGUUCCUUGCACCCGGCGACCUGCCAGCGUUCAGCGUGGACGAGUCCUACUUCAUAAUCUCGGCACACAUCACGCUGACGUGGAAGCAGGUUGUCAUUAUCGUCGCCGACCACGUGGAUUCCAAUUACCAAGUGUCCGGUGGUGAGCGUAAUAACAUGAAACACGGCAGCGACGAAGUGGACAUCUACUGCGAUUUCGUCGAUCACCGUGAUCCUGAGAAAGCCGGGCAGAAGCGCCACGGUCCCGUCUGGCCGCUGAGCCACAAUGACCACCAUGUGCGUACCAUCGCCUGCAACAUCCCCGACUCGAUGCUGGCGUGCCUGAACAGGACGCGGAGUGCGAGCGACUUCCAGGGUCCUCGCUGCAUCGACGUGGCGUUGCAGACAGGCACCAGAGGUGACUCGUCCAAGGGAGUCUACACCGUGGCGUUGCUGCAGAUCUGCCAGUACGACCGACCGGAACGCAAGAACUUCCUGGCCACGUGCACGCAGCCGAUGAACUCCGGCGUGUUUUCGCUUGUGGCACCCUGGAUUGACCAUCACCAUAGGAUUGGCAUUGAACACUUCUAUCUCUAUGCCGAGCAGUUGGGCCUGGAACACUACGCUGCGCCAUAUCUCCAACGCAACAUCGCCGAGAUCAAGCUCUGGAUGGACCCGCGCGAGAAGAAGUACUGGCCGAUCGGCUUUCGUCCGCUGUCGCAGGUGACGGCCAUGAACGACUGUGUUUACCGGUUGAUGGAUCAUGCGGAGUGGAUCGCCUUCUUUGACGUCGACGAAUUCAUGUCCCCGUUCAAGCACAAUCUGCUGGCGCCGUUUCUUCGGCCGUUCACGGAGAAGGACGUGGGUGCCGUGCGCGUCUACACGUGGUACUUCGUGAACCGGGGUCCCGACGACGGCGCCAACACGCUGCUCCUGUCCAACUACGUGCGAGAGCCGGCCGUGUCGGCACGGGAGCGCUGCAAGACCAUCGUGCGGCCGCGCCGAGUGCAGAUGAUCUCCGUCCACAUGGUCAUGCACGGGUCCAGGACGGAGUCGAUCGACGAGCACGCGCUGCGACUCAACCACCAUCGUGCCGAGUAUCGCGGCCGGGUGGACACGUUCGACGACAGCAUGAAGAAGUACAAGACGGCGGUCGCCGCCGACCUACAGGCGUAUUACAGCCGGACUAUUCCAGAUUACUAGCUGCCAGUAGCUGUCCCCCAUUCAAUCAUGCGACAGCAGAGACAUGUGAAUCAUUGUGAGCGUGGCGACUGGAUGACAUUGGCUCAGUUUUUCCAGGUGCUGAACUACCGGUCCUAUGCUAUGUACUGUCUCACCGGCUACAUGCAGCUGCAGGACUACUGUCUCAGUGGUUACAUGCAGCUGCAGUACUCUGAGAAGUCAGUGGUGCUGUGUAUUGUGUGCGGCAAUAGCAGCUGCAGUGGAGAGGCCAUGCCAUACUGAUACAACUGCCAACACCGUAAAACACUGCGUAAUCCUGGUAACGAGAGAAGCUGAGUAACACUGCAUGUCCUGAUAACGAGAGAAACAGAAACAGCUGCUGAAUAGCGCUGAUAACUUUCACCGGUUUGGUGUUUACCAAGGAGCAGCCUUCAUACAUGGGACUGCUGCAUUGAGAAAGUAUUUAUUCCGAGCGAUUUAUACCGCCUUGACUUCACGACUGCACUUGUAUGCGUACUUUUUCUUCUUUGAAUAUAUUCGUGUAGAUGUACAGUGACAGGCAGGACAGGUCAGGAAGUUAUUCUCAGAUCUGGACUACACGCUGCACAUGAACUUCCAUUGGUACUUGGAUUCUCUUUAGAUCAGAUGAUGACCCAUGAAUCACGUGGCUACAGCCAGCAUAGAUACUAAAGUUACUUGGCUGCUGAUUGUCUUCAUCCCAAGAUCUACAAGUGCAGUAUUAUCAGACUCUUUGUUUGACUGGGAAUUUUCAAAUUUCAUUGAAUUUUUUGAAAGGUAUUGCCAAAGGUUCGUCAAUGA